AUGAAAAGCUUGAAAAGCCUGAGUAGUGAUGAGCUUCCUCAGUUUAUAAAACUCAGCAGCCUCUUUCUCCCUUUCUCCUCUCUGCAGGUCAUUCCCUUGGGACAGCUUCCUGAGAACAUAACCAUGGUCACUGAAUUUCUCUUGCUGGGCUUUUCCAACCUCCAAGAAAUGCAGCUUUUGCUCUUCGUUAUCUUUCUUUUCCUCUAUCUUGUCAUCCUGAUUGGGAAUAUCACCAUAGUCACUGUCAUCAUCCUGGAACAUAGCCUCCAUACCCCCAUGUACUUCUUCCUAGGUGUGCUCUCCGUGUCUGAGACCUGUUAUACCUUUGUUAUCCUGCCAAAGAUGCUCACCAAUCUUCUGUCUUUGCUCAGGACCAUCUCCUUUGCUAGCUGUGCUGUUCAGAUGUCCUUCUUCCUUGGCUUUGCAGCUACCAACUGCCUAUUGUUGGUUGUAAUGGGUUAUGAUCGCUAUGCUGCAAUCUGCCACCCUUUACGCUACCCUAUCCUCAUGAACUGGCAGAUAUGCAAAAUCCUAAUAAGCAUUUGCGGGGUGAUUGGCUUUCUGAUCUCAACAGUAGUCACAACCUUGGUCUUCAGCUUGCCCUUCUGUAAAUCUAAUAAGAUCAACCACUAUUUUUGUGACAUUUCACCCGUUAUUCACCUUGCCUGUGGUGUCACUUAUGUCAAUGAGCUGUUCAUAUUUAUCUGUAGUGUCUUUGUGCUCAUGGUCCCAUUUAUUUUCAUCUGCAUUUCCUAUGGCUUCAUUGUCAGCACCAUCUUGAAGAUUCCAUCAGCUGAGGGGAAACGGAAAGCUUUUUCUACCUGUGUCUCCCAUCUGACAGUAGUUGUAGUUCACUAUGGCUGUGCAUCCCUUGUCUACCUAAGACCCUCAUCCAGGGUGACAUCACUUAAAGACCAGUUGAUAGCAGUUACUUAUACUAUUAUUACCCCCUUGCUGAAUCCCAUGGUUUAUAGCCUCAGGAACAGAGCUGUCCAGGUAGCUAUUGAGAAAGUCAUCAGCUGGGGAGAGUUUCCCCACAAAACCAUAUAA